ACAGUGUUUUUAAAAGGUUAAAUGCUCAUUUUGGUCCCUCAACUUUAGUGGUUUGCACAUUUUUGGUCCCUUGAGAAUUUUUUGCACUUUUUUGAUCCCUCAACUAUAAGAAAUGCACUCCGUUAGUCCUUCUGUUAAAUUGGACCGUUAACUUUGAUUCGUGGCAUUUUUAAUAUUUUUUUUAUGAUGUGGAGGGCAAAAUUUAAAAAAGUGAUGACGUGCACAACAACUUUUGCCAUGUCAUGCUACCGUGGUCAAAAAAGUCAAAUCCGUUCAAGUGGGUCCCACAUAUCACCACUAAGAAUUGCUUCUGUCCAUUGAUUACUGUUUCUGUUCUUUCCAUCGAGAAGAAUUGCUUCUAUCCAUUGAUUACUGUUUCGUUCUUUCCAUCGACAAUAUUCUUUCCAUUUUUAAGAUUGAAAUCAUUUAAACAAUACUUCAAAAAUAAGAAGAAAAAAAUCCCAAAAAUCACUCACAACAACCUAACAGAAGCAGGAAGUUCUUCGAUUUAGCUUUUGAUUCCAGGGUAUACUGCAAAACCGCGUUAAAAAUCCUUAAUUUUUUUCUUGGUAGAUUUUCCCUUUUAUCCUUCAAGCACUUCUCCAGCUGACAUUUUCCCUUAUUUCUUGGGAAAAUUCUCUUUCCAAACAGACUAAUUUCUCUUCUGUGCCUAUCUCUCUUUCGCAUCUUCUGCUUCAUCCCCGGAUUUGAAGUCUCCCCAUCGCCCCAUAUGCUGUUGGGUUUUAAAAUCUAGAGGAAGAAGAAGGAAGUCCAAUAUUGGAUUCAAAUCCUGAUUCCUUUUAUGUGUUCGAGCGUACUGGGUUCUCUGGACUGGGAGCUCAUAGUGCCAUCCAGGUCUUGCUAAAGAGAAAUGACAUUUGCUUCACUUGAUUUAAUUUUUUGGAUUCGAAAUUUUUUUGGGUUUAUUCUGGAUUUGAUCUGAUUUUGGUUUCUUGAAAUUUGGAACGUAGGGUUCAUUGGGUAUUCAUUUCAACGUUUACUUGUUUUUGAUGAACGAAUAUGGCCUUCAAAUCUAAGAUAAAAUGGAUUGCAUUAUUUGUGUUGACUUUGUCUUUGGGAUCAAUAGUGGUGCAUCUUUCAAUGACAAAGCUUUCUAGUAUGGAUUUAGUGCAGUAUACUGCAAUGACUGCUUUAAGCCAGGAUUUUGUGAUGGUGGUGGGAUCACAGGGUGUUAGAACUAAGAGGCUAUGGGGGCCUGUGAAGUCUCUGGAGUCUUUGAAGCCAUAUCCCAAUCCAAGAAGCACUUAUCCUGUUCCCAAUCAGAAGAACAAUGGUUUCAUCUAUGCAAAAGUUUCUGGUGGAUUUGAGAAGAUAAGAUCUUCGAUCUGUGAUCUUGUCACCAUAUCCAGGCUUUUAAAUGCUACCCUUGUAAUUCCAGAGAUUCAAGAAACUACUAAAUCAAAAGGCAUCAGUUAUAAAUUCAAUAGCUUUUCCUAUCUUUAUGAUGAGGAGCAGUUCAUUGCAUCCCUUAAAAAUGAUGUAAUCAUUGUUAAAAGCCUGCCUGAAGAUUUGAAGGCUGUGAGAAAAAGGAAUGAGUUGCCAACUUUUAAACCCAAAAGUUCUGCUUCUCCAAAUUUUUAUAUCAAAGAAGUUUUUCCGAAAUUAAAGAAAGCCAAAGCUAUUGGAUUGAUUCUCACUGAUGGUGGAUGCCUGCAGUCAAUUCUUCCACCUAGCAUGUCUGAGUUGCAGAGGCUUAGAUGCCGGGUUGGUUUCCAUGCUCUCCAAUUUCGUCCAGAAAUUCAGAUCCUUGGUCGCCGGAUGGUGGAGAGGCUACGAACAUCGGGGCAACCUUUUCUGGCUUAUCAUCCUGGCUUGGUAAGAGAUACUUUGGCAUAUCAUGGUUGUGCAGAACUUUUUCAGGAUGUUCAUACUGAACUGAUACAAUAUCGAAGGGCACAGAUGAUAAAGCAAGGAAUUAUUAAGGAAGAGCUAAGUGUUGACUCACACUUGCACAGAGAAAAUGGUUCAUGCCCCCUCAUGCCUGAAGAGGUUGGACUUCUCCUUCGGGCAAUGGGUUAUCCUCCAAAAACAAUUAUCUAUCUGGCAGGUUCUGAAACUUUUGGUGGUCAACGUGUUUUGAUUCCUCUGCGUGCCAUGUUUGCAAACUUAGUGGAUCGAACUUCCUUGUGCACCAAGGCGGAGUUGUCUGAUUUGGUUGGACCUGAAACACCUCUUCCUCUAAAUAUUUUUCAACUACCACCAGCCAAAAGUAAGAAACAACUUGAAGAGGAGUGGAAUAGGGCUGGUCCUCGUCCUCGACCUCUUCCUCCUCCUCCUGACAGACCCAUCUAUCAACAUGAAAAAGAAGGUUGGUAUGGUUGGAUUACUGAGAACGACUCAGAACCAUACCCUUUGCCUAUGGAUCUUCGAAUGAAAGCACACAGGUUACUUUGGGACGCCCUUGAUUAUGUUGUUUCUGUGGAAGCAGAUGCAUUCUUUCCUGGUUUUAACAAUGAUGGUAGUGGAUGGCCAGAUUUCUCAAACUUGGUCAUAGGACAUCGGCUGUAUGAAACAGCUUCUACUAGAACAUAUCGUCCAGACAGGAAAGUUAUUGCUUCACUAUUCAACAUUUCUCAUGAUGAUAUGUACCAUCCCAAACAUUCUUGGACACUUUCGGUGAGGGAACAUCUCAACAAAAGCCUGAGUGAAGAGGGCCUUAUAAGGCAAUCCCAGUUGUCAAAACCAAGAUUGUUCCUAUCUCACCCACUUCCUGAAUGCUCGUGUAGAAUUUCACCUGUCAAGGUUACAAAUGAACUAAAAUUCGACGACAGAUUCUUGUAUGGAGAUGAAGAUGAGUGCCCCAAAUGGAUGCAGUCAGAUGGGGCUGAAGGGGUUAAAAUUAAUGACACUGAACUACCAGAAGAUGAUACUGAUGUGAUUGAACAGCAGCCAGAAUCUGAUGAAGGCAGCAACAAAGAUACUUUGACUGCACUACUUGAUCAAGACGAUGAAUGGGAUCCUAAUGACUAGAAUUUGAUUUGAGGAUGACACAGCAUACCCUUUUUAUCAACAAUAGGUAUUCAGCUACCGGUAAUUUUUUCUGGACUGAAGUUUUGGGAACACAGGGUAACAAGCUAAAGCAAUUCUUUUAUUUCAAAGUUCUGGUAUAGUCUUUUUAGAUUAAUUAGUCAAUUCUUUUCCCAGUAGAUUCAAGUAAUCCUCCAGUUACACAAACCGAAGAUUAUUUGUAUACCUUCAUACGUCCCAACUUUUUUAACAUGAAGACAACAGAAAGAUUGAUGCAGCAACGAGUUGCUGCCUGCAGUGCAAUGUAUAGAGUACUGGGAUUUUGGUGUGUUGCUUCCAUCUGAAAAUCAGAGCUGUAAUCUUUCUGGUACUCAGAAAUUUUCAUUUUGUUCCUCUGGAACGGCCUUUUACUCUUGGAAGAGUGUAAAUUUUCAUGGAAAAAGAAUAUCUUCAAUGAGAUGGCCUUUUGUUAUGAUGAUUCGUACCAUUAGAUGGAUAGAGUUUUUAAACAAUAAAUGCAAAGAUUGCAA